AUGCCCCGCAGGUCGUCGCCUUCAAUGCCGCGCACGGCCUCCGUUACCUCCACUACUUCAUCGUACCGAGCUGGCAAGCUUCAGUUUCCUCUGCCAGAUGAUUAUUUCCCGCCGGUGAGCCUCUCGUUGGCCCAGGUACAGCAGUAUCAGACGCAGGUGGAAGAGUUGGCUGCCAAAGCGAUGGAGUCCUGUCGAGACCACGAGAACCGGGUCGCUGGUUUUGGUCUUGAGGACGAAAGACGUUGGCAAAACGUUGCCCGUGACUCGGAUUUGUCGGUGGUCCGCCGCAAGCAAGGUCCUCUUACCAUCACACGCACGUUUGGAACGGUCACGGGCGAUUUCCGCCGUUUUGUUGAUUUCUUCUCGUCGGAGACGUCUGAACAGCUCUUUGCAUGGAACCAAUUCUUCUUCGGUUGUGCGGUGGAUGCCGUCGUGCUGUGCAACCUCGACUUGGACAAGUCGGACAAGCAGGCGACGCUCGGUAUCAAAUGGACCUGCAUGCAGCCUUCAGUGCUCACGCGCAAGCGUGACGAAUGUUUUCUCGAAUACAUUUUGUUCAAAAAGGACGACCAGGGCCGCGACGCCGCGGUCAUUGUACGCAUGCCCGUAGACAUCCCUGAGUGUCCACCUCUGCCGCACAAGCUAAAGACAAAGCGCGAAAAGAUUACAACCGUCAUGGUUGUGCGCGAGUCUGACGCGUAUCCGAACGCGACACAGAUGUUCAUGCUGAGCAAGUGUGAUCACAAGGGACUCACGUCUUCCACUAAAUACUGCAAAAAGCUUCUACGAGCUCUGAAAGAGGUGUCGCUCUCAGCCGAUGCCAAGCGUAUUGCCACAACUAUUGGCGUGGAGCAAUCGCGUGUCGGAGGCGAGCCUUUUGCUGCGGGAGACACUAUUCGGCCGUGGGUUCCCACGAGUGUUCAACAGGGCUGCACGAGCUGCACUCGGCCUUUCCGAGCUGGUCACAGACGCCGUCACUGUCAGAUGUGCGGCGAUGUGUUUUGCUCAAAGUGUCUCGUUCGACGUGCUGGUAUUCGACAGGAGAAGAACGCCUUCAGUAACUACAUCACGGUGACCAAUCAACGCACCUUCCGAGUGGUGCAGUCACUGUACUGCAAAGUGUGCGUCACCCGUUCCCGCGAGGAAGACGCGGAGACUACCCAGGAGCAGAUUGAGGCUACCCGUCGCUCCGUGGCAUCGUCUAAGUCGUCUGUACCGCAUCGUUCGUCAAUGGGUUCGUCAACACAGCCUCAGAGCUCCAAGUGCUCUACUCCGACAUCUUCGGUGGCGCGUAGUUCUCUUUCCCAGCAGACCGACGCACCUCGUCGCAGUGCGACCUGGAAUGAAGAAAACCGAGCUUCCUGGUGGUCGGAAAAUGAGUCUGACACGUGUAGUUGGAAGUCUGGAUCAAGUCGAUUCAGUACCAUCUCGCGCAACUGCAGCGGAGCCCCCACCGUGCGCUCAUCAUUCAGCUCCGAGUAUUCCUUGGGAAGAAACUCAUUCCUAGCAGUGCAAUCGCUGGAAACCCCCCGCGAGGUCGACGAUGACCGGAUUGACGACCGCAUCGACGAACGCUCCAGUAUCUAUGAGGUGAUUGACACGAAGGACAUGAUGCCCGAGUCCGAGCUUCAGAAGCAACUGCGAAGCCAGCAGUCCUCUGCUUCCGAAUCAACGGACUCGACCGAUGAUGAUUACUUCAGCGAGUUCUCCGAUACUGUCCGCGGUCGGUACACAUCCACGCCGGUGACUCCAACGUUUCUGCCGCCACGCUCGACAAAUGCCCGACGCACUCGCAGCACUGACCAGAAUGAAAACUCGGCUUCGUCGAAGUCGCUGGACCAGUGCAUCGCAGAGCAGAACGAGCUUCUGCAACAGGUGCUGUCUGCAAGCCGCGGCUUCACUCCCGAGACGCAAGCACGCACUAAGGCGUCGUCCGUUAGCCAGAGCAUUCACGAAGACGACGAGGGCCACGACGAUGGCGUGUAUGAACUGUAA